GUCAGAAUCACAGUGUGUUUGAGCGAGAGGCAGAUUAAAGCCCAGCCGAAAGACUGGAGUGAAACAGCUUAAAUAGAGAAGUGAACCUAUACGUCCUCUCCCGUUUUCCUUGCCAUCCCUUUCCUCCUCCUCUCCUCCUCCUCUUCCUCUCCCAUUUUCCAACAUUCACAGGACUGCCAGAGCUACUGCCACCUGCACCUCCUCACGUCUUCUCUUUCCUCUUCAUCCUCUACCUCACCCUUAUCACGCGUUACUAUCCGAUACCAGCCGCUGACGGACACUCUGCUCUUGGUUCAAGCACUUGUGGAAAUAUUUCCAUUGAUCCAGCAGUGAGAGACUGAGUGAGCAUCUGGCUGAUACUGAGGCUCCGGACCAGUGAGGCACCCCUACGUCAGGAGCUUUCCCGUCAGAGACAGAUCUUCUUCCCAGCCGCUGUCCGGCACGAAGACCCUGCCUUCUCCCUGGAGGACUGGCUAGCGACACAGUGAUACGGAGAGCAAAGAAAGGAUUCGCAUAGCUCCUCUGCUGCCUCUAUCCCAUUGCUAGCUACUUGGCAGCUCCCGCCCCCGUGUCACCAUUCCCUGCCUCAGUGCUAAGGAUUCCAGCUACAUGGGCAAGCGAUUGGAGCAGCAGCCAAUGUACCCUCAGUACACCUACUACUACCCCCACUAUCUCCAGACCAAGCAGCCCUAUGCUCCACCCCCUCAUCCCAUGGCUCCUCCCAGCCCCAGCACCAACAGCUGCAGCCAGGGAGGGGCAGAGCAGCUGAGUAAGACCAACCUGUAUAUCCGAGGCCUGCCACCUGGGACCACCGACCAGGACCUCAUCAAGCUCUGCCAACCGUAUGGAAAAAUAGUGUCAACCAAGGCCAUUCUGGAUAAGAACACCAACCAGUGCAAAGGCUAUGGCUUUGUGGAUUUUGACAGCCCAGCUGCGGCACAGAAGGCUGUGUCGUCUCUCAAAGCCACCGGGGUGCAGGCCCAAAUGGCCAAGCAACAGGAGCAGGACCCCACCAACCUGUACAUCUCCAACCUGCCGGUGUCAAUGGAUGAGCAGGAGCUGGAGAACAUGCUAAAGCCCCUGGGUCAUGUUAUCUCCACGAGGAUACUGAGGGAUGCCAACGGGGUCAGCAGAGGAGUCGGCUUCGCCAGGAUGGAGUCCACAGAGAAGUGUGAAGUAGUGAUACAACAUUUCAAUGGAAAAUACCUGAAAACCCCGCCAGGAAUUCCAACUCCCACGGAGCCUUUGCUGUGCAAAUUUGCCGACGGCGGGCAGAAGAAACGCCAGAGCCAGAGCAAGUACCCUCAGAACGGAAGGCCGUGGCACAGAGAAGGCGAGACUGGCAUGGCGUUAACAUACGAUCCCGCUGCAAUGCAGAACGGGUUCUACUCCUCGCCUUACAGCAUCGCCACCAACCGCAUGAUCGCACAGACCUCCAUCACGCCCUUCAUCGCUGCUUCCCCCGUCUCCACAUAUCAGGUCCAGAGUACGUCAUGGAUGCCUCAUCAACAAUAUGUUAUGCAACCUACAGGUGCAGUGAUCACGCCAGCCAUGGACCACACUAUGUCCAUGCAGCCUGCCAGCAUGAUGGGCCCUCUCACCCAGCAGAUGAACCAUCUGUCCCUGGGCACUACAGGAAGUUACAUGACUGCUGCAGCCGCCGCGGCGCCUAUGCAAGGGACCUACAUUCCCCAGUACACUCCUGUGCCUCCAACAGCCGUCCCUGUCGAAGGAGUGGUGACGGACGCCUCCCCCCAGACAGUGGCUCCCUCGUCACAGGAGGUGGCGGGCCAGCAGCAACAGAUGCAGGUGGACAGUGCUGCCGACCAUGUUCCUGCUUACUCAUACCAGUCCAAAUAACAACAACCUGAGAGAAUGUUCCUGUGACAGCGUUGCCUUGAGACAGAGGGGUGGCUGCACUGUGAAUGUGAGGAAAAAGAGAAAAAGAAAGAGAUUGCUUCCAGAUUGCCCAGGCACCAAAAAAGAGACACUUUUUUCAUUUCCUA